ACUUGAAUGAAAUGCUCGCAGUUGGUGUUAGGGUUGAGGUUGAGUUGGGUGUUUGCCGGGUGGGUUGUUGGAGGAAGCGGUGGGGCAAAAUAGGGGGCAGCUGCUGAGUCGAUGCUGGGGGUGAAAAAAAAUGCCCCUCGCGGUCUGCCUCCAAGGCUAGUGCCAAUUGAAUAUCCCCCCUUCCUCCGUCACCCGCCUUCAAGUGAAAUCUGUUUGAGCAGCUCCGAAAAGACGCUUUUAUGCAGGAAAAUAGAGAGCCCAUUGAAGAAGGCAGAGGCCUUGUGUGAAUCGUUUCUGAAUCUGAAUAGCAGGAGUGGAGAGACAGCAACUCGCGGCUGCGCUAUGAAGAGAGUGAGCAGCUUCCAGAGGUUUAUGAAUAGCCGAGCAGCCAGCAACUGCAGAUACCAACCUACAUGUUAUGAACAUGCUGCAAACUGCUACACACAUGCUUUCCUUAUAGUCCCUGCUUUUCUUGGUACAACUCUGCUUUACCGCCUGUCUGAUGACUGCUGGGAGAAGCUUACAGCCUGGGUAUAUGGGAUGGGCCUCUGUGCCCUAUUCCUGGUUUCUACAGUAUUCCAUAUAAUUUCAUGGAAGAAAAGCCAUAUGAGAAUGAUGGAGCACUGUUUUCAUAUGUGUGAUCGAAUGGUUAUUUAUUUCUUCAUUGCCGCCUCAUAUGCACCAUGGCUAAACCUACGUGAACUUGGUCCAUUGGCUGCACAUAUGAGAUGGUUUGUCUGGAUAAUGGCAACUGGAGGGACUAUAUAUGUGUUUAAAUUUCAUGAAAAGUAUAAACUAAUUGAACUUCUCUUCUAUCUAACGAUGGGUUUUUUCCCUGCUUUGGUUGUGACCUCAAUGAAUGUUGAAGGAGAAGCACAUGCCACCCUCUGCCCUUCCUGGCCCCAUUUGUGUCAAAAUAUCCCUCUCCAAAUCUAGCAGUGUCACAGCUUGUGGAGUUCACGUUGAGACCUAAGUGCUAAGAAGAUGCCCAGUGAGGACAUUUGACCCCGCCCCUUCUGGUUCCCCAGCGAUAUAUCCGGCAUCACUCGAUGAAAGAGCGCACUGCAGGGCAGAGCUGCUAGCCAAGUGACUAAGCAGGCGAGAUUUUCGACUUUAAGGAAACUUCUAUUCUGUUCCUUUCUAGCGCAAUCAAGCGCGUGUUUUGUUUAUCAUUCUCGUUGAUUAGAUAGGGACAACGGGAUUGUGGGCCUGCAGUACUUCCCUUGACCACAAGAGUACACAGGAAGACGAGAUUAUAUGCCAAUGCUUUGCCAUUCUCUAGUCCUUCUUCAAAUAGUGCCAUUUGUAAAAAAUGUUAACUUGCCUUACUAAAGACAACUAAAAAAAAACAAAAAUGUAUUGUUUUUGAGAGAAUUAACCAACUAAACUAAUGUGUCCUAUACCCAUCCUUUAGGAGCACAUAGUAUAGAGAUGAAUUCAUUACUUUAUUACUGUACAGAUGUAUUAGACUGACAUGGUGGCACAGUCUUUAGCUCUGAUCUUGAAUAAAAUCCCCGGCAUAUCCCCAUUUUCUCAGAGACUCAUACAGUGGAUACGAAAAGGUAACAUACGCCAUAUUGACAUGUCAGCUUGUGUUGAUAUAAUGACUACAAUCAAAAUAAAUCAUGCCAGCCUUUUAUAUCUUGAAUAAGAUCUUGC